AUGGCAUCCAAAGUCGACCCUCAGAACAUCAGAAAGACAUUUGGGCGUUUUCGAGUUCUGAUCAUGGGAAGAGCGAAUGCAGGCAAAACAACUAUCCUUCAGAAGGUCUGCAUCACCACGGAAAAUCCAGAGAUUUACAACGCCAAAGGACACAAGGUGCGGACUAUCUUCCAUACCACUCGUGGAAAUCACGAUAUCACGAACGAGUUGGUGUUCAAAAGCAAUCCUGGUUUCGUCUUUCACGAUUCGUGUGGUUUCGAAGCGGGCUCUGAAGAAGAAUUUAAUGACAUGAAGAAAUUUAUCUCCGAACGUGUGAAUGCGACGAAAUUGGAGGAGCGAAUCCAUGCUAUCUGGUAA